UUACACUCUCUGUGGGUAAAAAAAAAACUCACUUUGUAGAGGAGACGGUGAGAACGAUAGCAGCUAACUAAAUCGAUGCUCUAUUUUCCCAAUCUUCUUGUAAACUCUGCUGUUCUUCUGUUCGAUCGAGCAGUCAAUGCAAGCUGUGGUCCUCGUUCAACAUUGUUCAGUCAUCAGGACGGUUGAACCAUGGAGGAACAAGGAGAGAGCCCCAAAGCGGUGAAAGUGGAGGGAAACCCUCACAGCAUCAUCCUGACAUACUUCCAGGGGGACAUCAACAGCAUGGUGGAUGAACACUUCUCGCGAGCUCUUGGCAAAAUCAAGGCAAACGAGACCGCUGCAAGAUCAAAGAAAAUCCGCAAAACUGUAAAAAUGGAGAGCACAGACGACUGUCAGCGUAGAAUGUCCGUCCCUUAUUCUGAAUCCCAGGUACCACCUGUAGGCGGACACAUCCUCACCCUCAGCUCAGCAGAGGAGACCCCGGGUUCCUGGAACACAUUCAGAUCGAGUGAAGGUCCGGCCCUAUCAACCAUCAUGUGCUCCCUGUCCCCAGAUGGGUUAAAUCUCACUGGACAGCAGUACUCCACAUCCCUGCUUAACCUGCUGCAUGGUGACAGGGGAGAACUUGGAGCAAGCAUUGCCUCUAGCUCUAAGCCGGACCCUUUACCAAGCUGGAGCGUCCCCCCAGGGUUUAGGGAGUCUGUGGACUCUCCUAUUGUCUUUGAACCUGGGCGACAUGCGGAUAAGAAGGACUUGUACUGGUACUGAGGUGAAAGCAAGAAGUGUGAAAUGAACAGAUAGCUGUAGUUCACCAGGCCUCAUUCUGUUCACCGAGCAGAGCAGCAUUUUGAUUUCCUUACGAGUUCUUUCUCCAUUCUUCACUGAGAUGACAUCAGAACCUGAGCGCGCACUGGGACAGCCUCUACUGAAAGAAAAGCUCGCCGACAAACCAGUUCUUCAGCUUUUCUAAUUCCUCCUUGAAGUCCCCCUGAGCACAGGCUAUGUUUUCACAUGUUUGGAGGUGAAGUUGGACACAGUGCACUUGGGUGGGUUUUUCUGCUGUCAACAUACCAGUGUUAAAUCACAAAAACUUUUGAGCCUCUAUUAUGUGUAAAAAGUUACUAAAAACUGAUCUACCUAAAGUUUACUUGGCUGGUUUAGGUUUCUUGGAUAUUAUAGAAACAGGGAAGUAAAGCUGUGUUUAGUCGAUAAGUUGAUGAAAAUUAUAACUUUUUUUUUUGUAUUGUGAAAAAUACUGCUGAGAAUAUUUAAAGGCAUUAGUUAGUAUUCAACACCUCUUACACUGUAAUUAUAAUAGACUGAUGUCUGUGAGUUAAACAGUGUAUUUCUGACCCCUGUUGGUUGGCUUUACAGCCACAGUCUUAAUGAAGAGUUGCACAUAAAACCUGAAAAACUACAUCUUAUUAUUAUUCUGGCAUCUAAGAAAGUCAUAAUUAAAUUAUUUGUCAAUAACCAAAAUAAGUUCAAGUUUUACUGAGUUAUUGUCAGACAGUAAGGAAAAGUACAGCCUCUUUAUACUGUGUAUGUUAAUAUUUGAGUAUCUAUAUGAAGAAAAUAAUUUUUUGUCACCUUUUAUGUUCCACUUUGCUCCUACUGUGGUGAUCAGUUUAUGAGCAGAUAUAGUUUAAAAAUUAUAAGUUAACCUACUAAAGCACAAACAUUUAUAUUUAACAGAAAUGUAUGAACUGAUGGUAAGAUUUGCAUUCUUGUGCUUUUGAAAUGUAGAGACGGUCUUAAUUCUGUAUGGUUGAACUCUGUAAGCUUCCUAAAUAUAAAAAAACAAUGUUGGGCAUUAAAUGUAUUACUUUUUAAAUAAACCUUUUAAAAGCUGUUGCAAAAUGAAUAUCUCACUAAAAGGAACAGUCAGUGAAGGUGUUUGUUUUUUGAUUACAUUUUAGUUUUUCAUUAUUGUUUAAAAGGUCUUGCCUUUGACAUACUUGCAUGUAUAUAUAUUUUUUUAAUUAUUGCGAGACA